AUGUCAACCCGCCGCAAACCCGUCGACGACCCCGUCCCUACAAUGCCAUCCAGCACCCAGCCGCCCCUCUCCUCAACUCGCCGCUCACCUUUCCUCCCCACCCGCCUCGAAGCCCAGUUAAUCUCCAUCUACCCGCUCACCCUGCUCCUCGGCAGCAUCUUCAGCACGCUCUCGCCCACCUCCCGCAGCGCGCCCUACUCCGCCGAUUCGCAAUCCCACCUCCCCGAAUUCGCGCCCUCCUACUUCGCGCAGAAGAAAAAUGUCUUCAACGUAUAUUUCGUCAAGGUCGGGUGGUUCUGGACGACGCUCGCAUUCGGCGUGUUCGUGGGCUUUCACCCGGGCUUCGGUGCAGGCAUAAGUAGGCGGAGGGUCGCUGCGAUCAUCAGAUAUGUGGUCAUCACGGGCUGGUGGGUGGCGGUUACGCAGUGGUUCUUUGGUCCGCCGUUGAUCGAUACCAUGUUUCGGUUUACGGGCGGGCAGUGCGAGAGACUGAGGGAUCCCGCGGAGAGGAUGGAUAUGAGCGAUACGAGGGAGUUCAUUACUGCGGCGACAUGUAAGGCUGUGGGCGGGACGUGGAAGGGUGGACACGACAUUUCGGGACACGUCUUUUUGCUGAUUCUCGGGAGUUCGCUGCUCUGGCUCGAAUUCCUACCCGCGCUCACAAGGGUCGAGGGUCUCCGUGACGGCCGGUUGAUCACGCUGGCAGAUGGCAAGACGGCGAGUGUGGCAGUGGAGAAAGAGAGGGUGAAGGUUGAGGGCGAUGCGACGGCGAGGGGCGUCAAGUUUGCACUCGGCGUGGCGGGCCUCAUGUGGUGGAUGCUGCUGAUGACGGCGGCAUAUUUUCACACGUGGUUUGAGAAGUUCACAGGGCUUGCGGUGGCGUUUACAGGGUUAUGGGUUGGUGUACUUUAUGCCCAGGGGGGGUGGCGGCGGUCAAGGCCGGUAUUAGGCAUGCCGGGUGUUUGA